GCAAAUAAAUCGAUCUGUGCUGGAAUGCGCGCCGGCAAAUAGAUGUAUUGUAAAAAAGAACAUGAACAUCCUGUGAAAGGUUAACAGCAUAUUGUCAAUCUGAAAUCAUUUGCAAGCUGUGUCUGGACUUUGUUCCCUUGCUACUCACACCCGGGGAUUCGAUGUUGCUUCGGUCUUCGCUGUCGCUUCUCGCAGUUUCACCACCACUGUGGUCAUCCCUCAUUCAGAUAGGCUGCGCCCGUUGUAUAAAACUAAUACGGAAAGAUCUAAUGGCCCCCCUAGCUGGUGAACUACGAACAAUGAAGAUUAGUAACGACCUGUUUAAGAGUAUUAUCACUCCUGAGAUGAAAAUCCUUGAAGAACUCUUCCGAAGAAAUAAUUUUGAACUUCGUAUCGCAGGCGGAGCGGUUCGCGAUCUGUUAAUGAAUACUAUUCCACACGAUCUCGAUUUCGCGACGACAGCAACGCCUGACGAAAUGAAACGGAUAUUUACUGAUGAAGAUAUUCGCAUGAUCAACACCAACGGUGAAAAGCAUGGCACGAUUACAGCUAGAAUCAACGAUAAGGAAAAUUUCGAGGUUACUACGUUACGGAUUGAUGUUAUUACCGACGGCCGACAUGCUGAGGUGCAGUUCACUACGGAUUGGCAAACGGACGCGAACAGACGGGACUUGACAGUGAAUGCAAUGUUUUUAUCCCUUGAUGGUGUUGUUUACGAUUAUUUUAAAGGAAUUGAACAUAUUAAACAGCGGAAGGUGCUUUUUGUAGGUGAUGCCGCUCUCCGGAUUCAGGAGGACUACCUUCGUAUCCUUAGAUACUUCCGGUUUUACGGACGUUUGGCUUUGAAUGAAAACUCCCAUGAUCCGGAUACGCUGGAAGCGAUUCGACUGAACACAAACGGCCUGGAGGGAGUUUCUGGUGAACGUUUAUCGGUAGAAUUUCGUAAAAUACUGGAAGGACCUUUGUACUGCCCGUUGAUAUGUUUAAUGUAUGAGUUGAGCGUGACACCUUACCUAGGACUACCGAAAACACCCGACCUAGCUGAGUUCCGGAAAGUGUGCCAGCAGUCUGAAAACUUACAACCAGCAGUAAUGACACGACUUGCGGGCCUAUUGCAUUCCAAAGAUGACGUGCUUGCGGUGCAUGGCCGGCUGCGUUUAUCGAAUGCAGAGCGUAAUCUUCUACUAUUUCUAGUUCGUUACCGCCCAGAAGCACCGAAAGGCUCCACUGAUGACGAUCUGCGUUUCUGUCAGACACUUCAGUUUACAUGCGACAUCAAAGGUGGAUCAAUGACAGAGGUUUGGUACUGGACAGAAGAGCUCUUAAAAUAUCAUGGCAACAAAGAUCUCCUGCAAAAGUUUCGUGAAUGGAAAUUACCGCGUUUCCCCGUAACUGGCCACAAACUUAUAGAACUGGGAAUACAAAAAGGGCCAAAGGUUGGUUGGGUCAUGACGCGCAUGCGUCAAAUUUGGUUCGACAGCAGUUUUCUUCUAAACGAAGAGCAGUUACUAUCUAAACUAGGCGAAAUUCUCCAAGAAGUUCCUCCUAAGAGAAAAUGAUGAGGUUUAGAAUCUUGUAGAAUUUAAAUAUGUAAUUUUUUAAACUCUGCAGGAAUAAAGCCUUGUUUUGUUUA